AUGGGUGCAUCAAGCUUAGGUUCUGGUUUAGCAAAUUGCAUUAAUCUCUCAAUUUUGACACUUAACCUUGAGUAAAAUUAAAUUGGUGAGAUGGGUGCAUCAGACUUAGGUUCAGCUUUAGCAAAAUGCAUUAAUCUCUCAAAUUUGAUACUUGAUCUUAGUUACAAUUAAAUUGGUACAAUGGGUGCAUCAGGCUUAGGUUCUGGUUUAGCAAAAUGCAUUAAUCUCUCAAAUUUGACACUUUAUCUUAGUUCUAAUUUAAUUGGUGAUAAAGGUGCUUCAGGCUUAAGUUCAGCUUUAGCAAAAUGCAUUAAUCUCUCAAAUUUGACACUUUAUCUUAGGUAAAAUUAAAUUGGUGCAAUGGGUGCAUCAGGCUUAGGUUCUGGUUUAGCAAAAUGCAUUAAUCUCUCAAUUUUGACACUUAACCUUGAUUACAAUAAAAUUGGUGAUGAAGGUGUAUCAGGCUUAGGCUCUGGUUUAGCAAAAUGCAUUAAUCUCUCAAAUUUGACACUUUAUCUUAGUAGAAAUUAAAUUGGUGCAAUGGGUGCAUCAGGCUUAGGUUCAGCUUUAGCAAAAUGCAUUAAUCUCUCAAAUUUGAUACUUGAUCUUAGUUGCAAUUCAAUUGUUGAUGAAGGUGCAUCAGGCUUAGGUUCAGCUUUAGCAAAAUGUAUUAAUCUCUCAAAUUUGACACUUAGUCUUUUUUGCAAUUCAAUUGUUGAUGAAGGUGCAUCAGGCUUAGGUUCAACUUUAGCAAAAUGCAUUAAUCUCUCAAAUUUGGUACUUGAUCUUAGGUAAAAUUAAAUUAGUGCAAUUGGUGCAUCAGGCUUAGGUUCAGCUUUAGCAAAAUGCAUUAAUCUCUCAAAUUUGACACUUGAACUUGGUUAGAAUUCAAUUGGUGAUGAAGGUGCAUCAGGCUUAGGUUCUGAUUUAGCAAAUUGCAUUAAUCUCUCAAAUUUGACACUUAACCUUUAGGAUAAUUAAAUUGGUGUAAUGGGUGCAUCAGGCUUAGGUUCUGGUUUAGCAAAAUGCAUUAAUCUCUCAAAUUUGACACUUAAUCUUUGUUCUAAUAUAAUUGGUGACAAAGGUGCAUCAGACUUAGGUUCUGGUUUAGCAAAAUGCAUUAAUAUCUCAAAUUUGACACUUAAUCUUUUUAGAAAUUAAAUUGGUGCAAUGGGUGCAUCAGGCUUAGGUUCAGCUUUAACAAAAUGCAUUAAUCUCUCAAAUUUAUAACUUAACCUUGAGGGUAAUUAAAUUGGUAACAAAGGUGCAUCAGGCUUAGGUUCAGCUUUAGCAAAAUGUAUUAAUCUCUCAAAUUUGACACUUAGUCUUUUCUAAAAUUAAAUUGGUGCAAUGGGUGCAUCAGGCUUAGGUUCAGCUUUAGCAAAAUGCAUUAAUCUCUCAAAUUUGAUACUUGAUCUUAGUUCUAAUUUAAUUGGUGAUAAAGGUGUAUCAGACUUAGGUUCUGGUUUAGCAAAAUGCAUUAAUCUCUCAAAUUUGACACUUAAUCUUCGUCUGAAUUAAAUUGGUGAUGAAGGUGCAUCAGGCUUAGGUUCUAGAUUAGCAAAUUGCAUUAAUAUCUCAAAUUUGACACUUGAACUUGAGUAAAAACAGUUUAUUUGUUUUGGAUUGUGA